UGUACAAGAAUAAGUUAACAUAUAGGUCAGAAAAGAGAGCAGUAACUGUAACAUUAAGAUUGAAAGACUGACACAGGCACACAAAUGUGUCAAGGGUUCUUUUUUUGUAAUUUAUCAUAAGUCACAAGAUGGUAAAUCAGUGGCAAGAAUAAUACGAGAUUGAUUCCUAGAAAUCUGUGAUACUGUAAAGUGCAAAUUAAAAAGGAAUUCUAUCAUUUGUAAAUCUUAAACCCAUGUAUUUUCUUCACAAGGGAAAAUAGAAAACAAAUGCUUAAAGUGAAAAAAUGUAGCAUUAAAAAAAGUCCCUGAAAUGUUUAGAUAUUUUUAGCAUCCCUUCUUCUCUUGACAACAGUUCAUUAACUUGUAGGAACUGAGACUAGUUCCAAAGGUUUUCAGUUUGAUCUUUAAUCUCAGGGGAGAUUUGGUGACCUCUCAGGGGAUAGAGGUCACCAAAAACACACUGCUAGUACAGUUAAAGCAUACCUGGGUAAGGAAAAUAAUGUAACACUAUCAGUCAUGGAUUGGCCUCACCAGAGACUGAACCUCAACAUUACUGAAACAAUGUGGGAUCAUCUUGAAAAGGAACACUACAAAAGGCAGCCAACAUCCAAAGAAGAGCUUUGAAACGUUCUUUAAGAAGCCUGGUCAACCAUUCCUAAAGACUUCUUAAAAAAUUACAAAAAUGCUUACCUACGAGAGGCUGUGUUAAAAAUAAAUAAAUAAAGGUGAUCACACCAAAUAUACACUUUAAGAUUUGUGAGAACAAAGUCAGAUGGGCCGGAUUGGAGACUGUGUCUGUCCAAUUUUAGCCCCAGAACUUUAAGUUGGACACCCUUGAUUUAGGUUGUAUUUUAUGUAUAUUUUUUCAGUUUAGGAUCUGUGAGCUGUGAAAGGAAAUGUUAAUCAACACGUUGUGAUGCGUUUUCUAAAAAUUAAAGAAAUGGAGUAGCUCUUGGGGUUUUGAAAUAUCUUCUGUAUUUUAAUGUUGGUGUUAAAGUUCACAAAUCCCAAAAUAGGAAACACAUUUAGUUCAGGUGCAUCUUUAUCGCCUACAAUAUUAAAAGGCAUCUUGCACCUUGGUGCUUUUGUUUGGUUUGGAAGUAACUGAUGUCUCAGUCGUAGUAAUGCUGUGUACUGAAAAAAACGCUAAUCUGUAACCAGUCCCAUCAACGCUCCACUUUCCCACAUUCCACAGGUGUGUCAGAGACAGGCUCUACUCCGUGUACUAUGACCCUCUGACUGUAGUCGUAUAUUUAAUCUGCGCUCUCCGAGACACUCAUUGUUCUUGAGGCGAGCUACACAACCCGACACGGUUCGUUUUAACAAAGAACAUGAGUUAUAGAAACGACUCCGACAGCGUGGAGCUCGGGGAGUGCACCAGAAACCCGGGUUAUAAGGAUGCAGACGGAGACGGGCCAGCAGCGAGGGACAACAUCAGCGCCUCCGACAGCGAGGAGAAGCGGGACUCCAUCGGCGUGAAGCGGCUCUCAGACGCGCGAGAUGAGUACACGCAGAUCAAACCGUACGCCGGGAUGCCUAAGGAGUUGCUGGUGCUGUACUCCUCUAAGGCCCGGUACCGAGUGCCCCGAGAGAUCCUGUUCUGGCUAACGGUGUGCUGCACCCUGGUUCUGGUGGCGGUCACAAUCGCGGUGAUCGCGCUUUCUCCGAAGUGCCUGAGCUGGUGGCAGGCCUCCCCGGUGUACCAGAUUUACCCCCGGUCCUUCAAAGACUCCGACGGGGAUGGGGUGGGAGACCUCAAAGGCAUCAGGGAGAAGCUGGACCACUUUGAAUACCUUAACAUCAAGUCAAUUUGGAUCAGCCCUUUCUACCGUUCUCCCAUGAAAGACUUUGGGUAUGAUGUGGAGGACUUCCGUGAUAUUGAUCCACUCUUUGGAACCAUGAAGGACUUUGAGGACCUCCUGGCAGCAAUGCACAGCAAAGGUUUGAAGCUGAUCAUGGAUUUCAUUCCAAAUCAUACCAGUGAUCUACACCGCUGGUUCAACUUGAGCCGGACUAGAGAUCCUCACUAUGAGGAUUAUUACGUCUGGACUGACUGCAAACCAGACGGACCGAAGCCUAAUAACUGGGUGAGUAUCUUUGGGAACUCAUCAUGGACAUACGAUGAAGUUAGAGGGCAAUGCUACCUCCACCAGUUUCUCAAGGAGCAACCAGACCUGAACUUCAGAAACCCAGAUGUCAUCAAAGAGAUGAUUGAUAUAAUUCAUUUCUGGCUGGAGAAGGGAGUGGAUGGCUUCAGGAUGGAUGCAGUGAAGCACAUGCUGGAGGCUCCACACAUGAGGGAUGAACCACAGGUUGAUCCAAACAAACCACCCGAGUUGGUAACUACAGAGUGGGAUCUUCAUAGUGACUACACCACCAGUCAGGUGGGCUUGCAUGACAUACUGAGGGAGUUUAGAGCACAGAUGGACAUCUACAGUCAAGAGCCUGGCAGAUACAGAUUCAUGGUAACAGAGUCAUACGAUUAUGAAGAGGUGUACAAGACCAUGAUGUACUAUGGCACCAGGCUGGAAAAGGAAGGUGACUUCCCCUUUAACUUUUACCUGCUGGAUCUACCCCAAAACACCAGUGGAGUAUGGGCUAAGCAUCUGGUCCACCUCUGGAUGGGCAACAUGCCCAAAGGAAAAUGGCCCAACUGGGUGGUUGGAAACCAUGACAGGACUCGGAUUUCUUCCAGUGCUGGUCGACUCUAUGUUCGUGCCAUCAACAUGCUGCUGCUGACCCUUCCAGGCACAGCCACCACCUACUACGGCGAGGAGAUCGGCAUGGAGAACAUUAACGUGACAGCAAGUCAGAUACAAGACCCAGCCGGCAAAUACAAUACAAGUGCCAGUCGAGACCCUCAGCGUUCUCCAUUGCAGUGGAAUGCUGACACGAACGCAGGUUUUAAUGAGAAAACAAAUCUCACCUGGUUGCCACUACACCCCGAUUAUGAAACGGUCAACGUGGAGGCCCAGAUGAAAGAUGAUGGUUCUGUUCUGGCUCAGUACCGCUUCCUGAACACCCUGCGUCAAUCAGAGCUCCCCCUUAACCGUGGAUGGUUCUGCUACGUCCACGCUGAUGCCAAUGUCUUCUCUUACAUCAGAGAGCUUGAUGGACUUAAGCGAGCUUUCCUCAUAGUGGUUAACUUUGGUAAAGAAUCAGCUGUCACAGAUCUCUCCUCUGUUCGUGAGCUGCCAGACGAGUUGAAGGUGCUGAUAAGCACCACCAUAGCCAAUGAUGGCAAAGUGUUUCCGAAAUCUCGCAUCCAGACAGAAGUAGGAGAGGGUUUGGUGAUUCAGUACUCCACCAACACUCUGUUUAAUCCCAACCAUCCUGAAGAGUGCUACAUCUCUGAGAAGGCUUGCUAUUUGGAGACCAUAGACAUACUUUAUAAAUGCUAG